ACAACAAAAACUGGACGGUCUAUCUGUAUAACUACGGUUCUGAUCAGCCUGAAAAACGGCAUUUCCUCUACAGAAACAAAACCAGCAUGGAUAAAAACCUACUGAGAAUUGGAGACCUCAGUCUGACUCUGAGAUGGCCCACUGAUAGAGACAGUACGAUCUACACCUGCAGCGUCACCAACAGGGCCGGAAAGAUCCUGAUGAAGAAACAAGUUCAGCUCCAUGUCAGCAUCCAACAGGUGGAGGUGGAUUCAGGGGCAGAGUCUGUCCUGCUGCCCUACAGAGCCACAAAGAAUCUUCCCAGAGAUGCUAAAGUGGAGUGGACAGAUGGAGACGGUAAAAAGGUCCAUGUGUAUAAGAACGGUUCUCAUCAUCCUGGAGAACAGAUCCAUUUCUACAGAACCAGAACCAAGAUGGAUGAAAACCUGUUGAAGACUGGAGACCUGAGUCUGACUCUGAAACAUCCCACAAUUGGAGACGAGAACAUCUACACCUGCAGAGUCUUCAAUAGGGACAGAGCCAUUCUAAUGUUUAAACGAGUGAAGCUUCAGGUCAAAGUCCAACAUCAGAUUAAGGUGGAUUCAGAUGUGGAGUCGGUCCUGCUGCCCUGCAGAACCACAGAGAAUCUGCCUGGAGAUGUGAGAGUGGAGUGGAUAAAGAGUCCAGACAAGAAGGCCCAUGUGUAUGAGAACGGUUCUGAUCAGCCUGGAGAACAGAGCCAGAUCUACAGAACCAGGACCAAGAUGGAUGAAGAACCACUGAGGACCGGAGACCUCAGUCUGACUCUGAGACGGCCCACUGAUGAAGACAGUGAGAUCUAUACCUGUAAAGUGUCCAGCAGGAACGGAGACGUCCUGAUGAAGAAACAAGUUCAGCUGGAGGUCAAAGUCUGCCAGGUGGAGGUGGAGGAGGGGGCGGAGUCUGUCCUGCUGCCAUUCAGAACAACACCUGAUCUACCUGGAGACGCUGAGCUGGAGUGGAGAAAGGGAAACUACGUGACAGUCCAUGUUUAUCAGAAUAACUCUGACCAGCCUGAGAAACAGAGCCGGUUCUACAGAAACAGAACCAGGAUGGAUGAAGACCUGCUUCAGACUGGAGACCUCAGUCUGACUCUGAGAUCACCCACACAGACAGACAGUGGAGAGUACAGAUGUUUAGUCUACAGUUUGAAGGGAAACCUUCAAAGAGAGAAAACGGUUCUGCUCAAAGUUAAAGAGAGACAACAGAUCCAUGAACGAACUCCACUGAUCCUAGUUUGACCAGAGAGAGUCUGAGGUAAGGAUCUGAUGGCUGAAGAGAGGACACGGCUCCUUCCUCCAGACUCAGAGUAGAUCAGUUCAACCUCUGCAGCUUUUUCACUCAUCAACCAUCUGAUCGUAUAGAAAGUCAUUCCUGGUCAUGGAGUCACGAUGUGUGAGAGACUUUCUGUGUGAACAUGUCUGCAUCUGUUAGAAAUGAAGAAGACUGAAACCAGAGUCGAUGUGAGACAAGAUCAGGCAGAACCAAACUGUUGGACACCGAUGCAGAGUUAGUCUCACUUUUAGACCUCAUUGUAUUUUGUCUUUUUUAUCAUAUAGUAAAUAUUUUUGCAUUGUGUAAUUUUCUUUUUUUUUCUGUACUCCAUCUUCAGAGGGAAAAUGUUUGUAGAGUUGUAGCUUGUUGCUGUUUGUAAUAAAAUUCACACUUUCUAUCAGAA